AUGACGGAUGUUAUGAGUAUUAGGGAGCAGCAGCGCUGUACACUGCAGUACUUUGCUGUUGACCUUGCGGCUGCGGCUUUCGCUUCUGCUUUGGUCACUCCCUGGGUGACAGCAAUUGAUAAACUUGUCUUCAACAAAGCAACCAGCAACACGUCCAUCAAAUCAUCCAUGCGAAAGUGGGCGUCCAAACCCAAGGCAACAUUUGCUUCUCUCUUCAUACCAUUCCUCGUCUACUUCGGAACCUACGCUACUGCCAACAUGUUCGAUUCCUUCAACGCCGUCCAAUACGACUGUGACCCCUCCAUCGUCUGCUCAUCUCCCGCCAAGUUCGCCGCUACCACGACCGUCAGUUCAGGGCUGAGUAUAUUCAAAGACGCAUACUUUUCGAGAAUGUCUUGUGGCAUGUCAACACCUCUGCUGAGUUAUGCGCUGUUUACCCUGCGAGAUGCGGUGACUAUAUACGCUUCGUUCAACCUGCCUACCAUGAUUGCUCCCAAGCUUGCCGAGUUCCCCUUCGCGUCGAUUACCCCGUUUGCCAACAUCUUCCAGUCUGAUGACGCAAGGCUCAAGAUGGCUCAGCUAUUUAUGCCAGCUGCCUCGCAGAUAGUCAGUACUCCGAUUCACUUGCUCGGUCUGGACGUCCAUGCUCGUCAGGUUCGCAUGACGAUCAAAGAUCGCAUUAGUGUCAUUCGGCGCUACACUGGCUUUGCUACACCUUUACGUAUGAUACGAGUUCUACCUUCGUUUGGUAUUGGUAGUGUGGCCAAUACUGGUUUUAGAAGGAGCAUGAUGACUCGGGUGGUUUGAUUUGACCUGCGGUUUGAGAUGCUAUAGUUUCAACACGGGAACUCCAAGACAGCCUCAACGCGGAGAAGUCGUAUUAUUUUGCGUUCAUAAAAGUCUAUUAUAAAUUGAGAAUAUCUUAUCAGGUCG